AUGAUGCUCAACUCAGACACCAUGGAGCUGGACCUACCUCCCACCCACUCUGAGACCGAGUCGGGCUUCAGCGACUGUGGGGGCGGGGCGGGCCCUGACGGGGCGGGGCCGGGGGCGCCGGGAGGGGGCCAGGCUCGCGUCCUGGAGCCAGGAGAGCCGGGCCGGAAAGACCUGCAGCACCUGAGCCGUGAGGAGCGGCGGCGCCGGCGGCGCGCCACAGCCAAGUACCGCACGGCCCACGCCACGCGGGAGCGAAUUCGCGUGGAAGCCUUCAACCUGGCCUUCGCCGAGCUGCGCAAGCUGCUGCCCACGCUGCCCCCCGACAAGAAGCUUUCCAAGAUUGAGAUCCUGCGCCUGGCCAUCUGCUACAUCUCCUACCUGAACCACGUGCUGGACGUCUGAACACUGCCUGCCUCCCGCCCUGGAUUCACUCCUCUCCCCGGGGCUUCGCUGGGGUCCCUCCUCACCGCUCACUGCUUAGAACGGCCUCUCCUCCCUGAGCCCCCGUACCCUGGCAUAGCAUGU